AAAUCGAUUGUAGUUGAGAUCGAUGAUUUUACUGGGUCAUUAUAUUCUGAUUAUAUCAGUAGUUCAACACCGGAAAACUUAAGCAACAUAUGGAUUUUACUCCUUGUUAGUGAAUAUGUGACAACUUAUUUUUGACAUCAAAUAUAUUUUGCAAUACGUCUUCACAUUUUUAUUUGGAUUAAACUUAAGGACGGUUCAGCAAACAUGAAGAUAACGUUAAGUGAAUAACUGUGAUCAGAGCAGAUGUUUUAAGACAAAUUGAAAAAUUUGUACAAAAAUCUAUAUGAACAAAUGUGUGAUAAAAUGAGUUAUUAACCAUUUUGAGCGCACGAUGACAAACAAUGUGUCUGUAGGAGUUUACAAUGCAAAUAUUAUCGUAACUAAACCAAGUUUUAGUUUUUUAUUCGAAAAUUCAACUCAAAUAUGGAACUCGACGGAAAACACGUCGACUCAAACAUUUUCGUAUGUUCCAAGAUACGAAACAAGUUAUAUGGUGGUUAUUGUUAUAAUUCUCGGAUGUAUGAUACUCUCGACGAUACUUGGAAACGUUUUUGUGAUUGCUGCUAUCGUUUUAGAACGCAGUCUGCAAGGAGUGUCAAACUAUUUAAUUUUGUCCUUAGCAGUUACCGAUUUAAUGGUAGCCGUUUUAGUUAUGCCGAUAAGUGUCGUCAACCAGGUUAGUGUGUUCUGGUACCUCGGCUCAGAACUAUGUGAUAUGUGGGUAUCUUUUGACGUUCUUUGUUGUACGGCAUCUAUAUUGCAUCUUGUUGCAAUUUCGUUGGAUCGGUUCUGGGCUGUAUCAAACAUUGACUAUAUUCGAAGGCGUUGUGCAAAACAAAUACUAAUAAUGAUUGUUAUAGUUUGGAUUGUAUCUGUCUUAAUUUCUAUCACACCUCUAUUUGGAUGGAAAAAAGAAGAGAAUAACCCCGAAACUGUUGGGAAUUGUUUGAUCAGUCAAGAUUACGCAUAUACUGUACUUUCCACUGUUGGCGCUUUUUAUUGUCCUAUGAUACUCAUGUUAGUUUUAAAUUAUAAAAUAUACACAGCUGCAAGAUCGAGGAUUCGUAAAAAGCAUUUUAGUAGUAGUGGUAGUAACGCCAGACCAAUUCCAUGUCAGACUAUUACAAAUGCUGACGUCACUACACAUCAUAACUCAUCCGGAAGUGACGUCAGUCAAGAUGGCUUCACUGUAUAUAACGGGUCUUGUAUAAAUGGACCUGAAUUUGAAAACACUGAAACUGUUCCUUCCGAUUAUCAGCUAAACGGGAAUGGAAACAUAUCCGAUUCUCAACUGAAAUACUUAACAGUGCCGACAAAUGUGUAUUCGUUUAACAAACCACUAAAUCCGAAAACAUCUUCAGAAAACAAUAACUGCAGUAAAGAAAUCAAAUUAAAAGAAACUAAAGAGAAAAUGAGAAAAGCAAAACUUGAAAUGAAACGGGAACGCAAGGCAGCACGGGUUCUUGGAAUUAUUACUGGUGCGUUUAUCGCCUGCUGGCUUCCAUUUUUCAUUAUUGCUUUCACUGCUCCCUUUUGUGGUGACUUAUGUAAUAUUCCACCAGAAGUGUUUAGUAUAUUUCUAUGGCUGGGAUAUUUUAAUAGCUUAUUGAAUCCAAUUAUUUAUACAGUAUUUAAUCCUUCUUUCCGAAAUGCUUUCAACAAGUUGUUUUUCAAACGGAAACGACGAUUAAGAUAGAUAAACACCAAAAUAAUGGAUAGAUUGUCAGUGAGAAAAAGCCUUAACUAAGAUUCAAAUCCCCCUUUUUAUACUCAAUACUAAUCUUUAAGUGAUUUUUAUAGGCUUUUCAAAUAUGUUACUUUCCUGUUAUAAAUAUAUGACUAUUUUUCUAACUUAUGGGAAACAAAAGUGUGAUAUUUUUACUCAGAACUGUUACGAUAUAUGUAAAAUGAAGCAUUCCAGUGUGUAGAAAAUUAUCCUUGCUUACACAGUCCGUAUAGAAAUUCCAGAACAUUCAAUCACAACAUAAGUUCUUCAAACAUGCACAAUUGUCAAUUUUUGUUCAUAGAUAGCUUUUAUUUCUUCCACUUUACAUUUCUUAAGUAAACACAAUUAGAUUUCAAGAAACAUAUUUUGGCUCUGAAAUGAUAAAAUCGUUUUGAACAGUAAUAUUUUUGAAUUGAAAAAAAACCGCAUACCUUAUUGUAAUAAGAUUUUAUUAUUCAUAUCAUGUAUUAAAGUUACUUUGUACCAAAGUCUACCAAUUAAUUGCCUGACAAUAUAUUUGUAUACUGUAAACAUCAAAUACUAGUAUGAGAAACAUUGGAAUUUCUAGACGGACACAGUGAUAUUCAUAAAAGAUGUUGUAUAUUUAAUGGUGCAAUAUUUAUUGAAUCAAAUUUGUACUCGUUUCAAAUAGAAUCAAAAUGUAAGUAUGUAAACCGUGUUGAACACGGACACUCAAACAAUAAAAAUGUACAUACAAUGAUGCACUAAAAGUGAAUAAAACACGUACGACGUU